CUUAGGAUGAAGAACAAAUGCAGCAGGUUCUUAUUACAGCAGUUUUUCCUCUGUGAGCUGAGCUGAGAAACAGAGAUUCUCAUUCUCCUUAUUCUCCUGACUUCACCAUGAGACUCAGAGACGGCUGUCUUUUGCUGGGAGUCCUGCUGCUCCUUACACACGCCUCACACCAGCAGAGCACUCCCAAAAAGAAACCCAAUGCUAAAAAAGACUCAGAUACUCGAGCAGGUCCUGCUUUGGAGGACCUACAACAGCAGAUCAAUGACAUUGUGGUGGAACUGAAUCUUCUAAAGGAGCAACAAGCCCUGCAGACUGUCUGUCUGAGAGGCACAAAGAUCCCUGGUAAGUGUUUUCUGGUGGACUCCGUAAAAAAGCGCUACCACGCGGCCAAUGAAGACUGCAUCGCCAAGGGAGGAAUCCUCAGCACUCCACUGUCUUCUGACGAAAACACGCAACUCUACGAUUACGUGCGCCAGAGCAUCGGACCAGACGCUGAAAUCUGGCUGGGCAUCAAUGACAUGCAGACGGAGGGCGUGUGGAAGGACCAGGCGGGCUCAAACAUUCGCUACAAGAACUGGAAACUCCCGCAGCCCGACGGCGGAAGCGCCGAGAACUGCGCCGUACUCUCCGCCGCUUCCGGUGGGAAAUGGCUGGACGAGAGCUGUCGCGAUGAGAGAGCGUCCGUCUGCGAGUUCAACAUAGUCUGA